AUGGAAGAGAUGAACAGAUUAGCGGCCAAUCAGGGUGAGAUUGGCAAAGCUAUGGAGAAAAUGCUCGCAAAUAUGAAAAAAGAUUCGUCAUCUCGGAAGACGCAGGCGUACAUAAAGGAACGCCAAUCAACAUUAGAAAAAUGGUGGCGGGAAGCAACCAAUACCCACCAGGAAAUAGUGAAGCUGCAAGAAGAGCAGCAUGACUACCACGCAUCGAAGUACUGGGAACAGCUAGGGGUGUGCGACGAACAGACACGGCGGUUAAAGAGGCAACAAAUCAAGAUGCACCAUUUAACAACGUCACUUCAACAGAUAGAGGAGAAGUUACACCUGGAGACCAGCGGCGUUCAACUCAACUUAUGGCAGGAAUCAUGCGGAAGUCAAUGGAAGGAUAUAAGAAGUCUACAAGAAGAUAUACAGGUACACGAAACCCAGUUUCAGGAUAUCGCCGACGUAGAACACGAGUUCGAAAAGAUGCGAGAGUGGUACGAAAAAACAAAUCUGGCAAUCGGCAUUAAAUUAAAAACCGUCAGUCACGAAGAAAAGAAAUGCAACAUCAAGUUACCUGAGAUGAAGCUACCCGUUUUUAGCGGUGGAUACGAGCAUUGGGUAACGUUUCAGGAUAUAUUCGAAAAAGUAAUACACGCCAGCAAAACGGUAUCAGCUACGGAGAAGAUGCAGUAUCUGAAGAGUCACGUCACGGGGGAAGCAUCAAGGUUAAUCCAGCACCUCCAAAUAGCAGAAUGCAACUACGAUACAGCGUGGAGCAUUCUCAAAAAUCGAUACAACAACGAAAGGCUAAUAGUAGGGAAAUUAAUCGAUAAAAUUUUAGAUUUUCCCAAAAUUGAGCAAGAGUCGGCAGACGCCAUUAGGAGAUUACAUGACACCACCCACGAGUGUCUGAAAGCGAUCAGCAAUCAAGGGAUAGAAACCAUAGCUUGGGGUCCAAUAGUAGCGCGAAUCAUAGCACGAACAUGGGAUGCAGAGUCAAAUAAACUAUUCGAGCAGUCCCUAAAAACGCCAAACAAAACACCAUCCCUACAGGAGCUGAUGGAAUUCCUUAAGAUGAGAUUCCAAUCAUUAGAAGUACUGUCCCAGGCCCGGAAAGUUCAACAUGGGUCAAUCCAAGGACACCAAAGAUGGCAGAACAAUCGUCAGCAAGGGUGUGCGUACUGCAAACAACAGCACAAACUAGGUGACUGCAAUAAGUUCAAAGAGUUGUCACCAGCAAAUAGACUGGGAUUCGUGAAGGAGAGGCAGUUGUGUGUGAACUGCAUGAAUCACAAUUGCAACAGCAAAUGCAGAUCGUUUCGACGCUGUGCAACAUGCCAAUAUCCACAUCAUACAAUACUACAUCAAGAUUACGAGAAGUCCGCAGUCCAGAAGCCAGCAGUACAUGCGUCAACAGCUAAAGAGGUGAAGACCGGAAUCGCAGGGAAGAAUGAAGUCUUGUUGGCAACCGCACUAGUAAGAGUGGAAGACGUUAUGGGCGAACUCCACGUACUACGAGCAUUGGUGGAUCCAGGGUCUCAGGCAUCCUUUAUAACCGAGCAGGCAGCACAAGUGCUAAAGCUACCCAGGCAGGCAGUACGGGCAGAAAUUAGCGGCUUAGGGAGGUCAGAACCAACGAAGGCAACAUCCAAGAUCACUAUCCAGCUACGACCACGUCAUUCAAGCACGUUCACAUUAGCAACGGACGUAGUAAUUUUGAAGAGGAUCACAGGGGAGCUUCCGAGCAAGUCUUUCGAGUUCAACACCGAUCGAUGGAGAAACCAACUGCUGGCUGACCCCACUCUCAACAAACCAGGUCCCAUAGACAUUCUUCUGGGGGCAGAAGAUUACGCCAACAUCAUAAUGGAUGGCAUAAGGAAAGAAGACAGCUGCUUGGCCCAGAACUCAGAAUUGGGAUGGAUCCUGUCAGGGCAGAUACACACCCCAAAGGGACAUAAUGUGACAUUAAUCAGCAUGGUGUCGCGAGCAACAAAGAACACACAGUUAGAAAGGUUCUGGGAGCUAGAAGAAAGACCAGGCCCAGCAGGGCCGUCCAAACAAGAUACAGAGUGUGAACAGCACUACCAGGAAACCACCGUAAGAAACACUGAUGGAACUUACACAGUAAGAAUACCGUUCAAAGAGGAACCGUCGGUAUUGGAAAGUGCCAGGCCAGUGGCGGUUGCAAGAUUAGUACAAUUAGAAAAGAAGUUCCUUGUCAACACCAAGUUGGAGAAGGAGUACAAAGCCUUCAUGCAAGAAUACUUGGAACUGGGGCACAUGAAAUUAGCCACCAAUCCACCACACCACAGGAGAAACGAAUUUACAUUCCUCAUCAAGCAGUAA